AUGUCCAGCUUCUUCAUUUCAGCUCAGUAUCCGUCGAAUAUCAUGCCCCUCUCCGACGAAGCCGAGGACGAGAAGCUCCUCGUCAGAGAAGGUUCAGCGUUCCUCGAGCGCCAGUGCCCCGGCUGCCACCGCCCUUACCAUCGGCGGGAACACAGUCAGGCCACCACAGCCAUCCUCUGCAUGCUCACGUCGGCCAUUGCAGCCAUCAUCGCAAGCGUCGUGACUGCGUACAUCUACCAAGGCUCCUCCCAAGUCUACCGCGAUCCUACAUUGCAACUGUACUCGCCAGCGAACCACCUCGUCGAAUACAACACGCUCAAGUUCAACCGCAGUCGCGGCGACGACAAGACGCCGUUUCAGGGCUGGCCGACCGACGAGAUCGACCAGACCUGGGCUGACGCCUACGUCCCGGGAAUCCUUUCCACCGUAGAUGGGCACACGGCCUCCCAACUUCCCGAGCAGACAGAGCGCCUCCCUCUUCGAGGCCGAGAAAACGAAUACGUCGUCACGCUCGACGCAUUCCACCAGAUGCAUUGCCUCGACGUCGUCCGCAUGGCCCUGUACCGCGACCGCUACGACAAGCACUUUUACUAUCCCAACGGCACCGUCGACUACUGCAAGUGGCUACACGUCGACCAUUGCCUCGACCAGGUGCGCCAGGCGCUUAUGUGUCAGGCCGACGUCAGCGUCGUGUACUACGCCUGGAGCAACAUCACACAGGGCAUGCGCCCGCGGGUCGAUAACUUGCACACGUGUAGGAAUUGGACCAAGAUUCUCGAGUGGGCGGCGGAGAGGGGCGUGGAGGCAACGAACUGGCAUCCGAGUCGGCGUGUGGUCGAGGGUGCGGACGGGACGUUUACGAUUGAGCAGGGGAGGAAUCAUGCACUCGACGGCCAAGGGGAGUGUAAUGGCAUCUAA